AUGGAGACGGGCUGCUUCUGUUUGGUAGUCGAGAAGCAGCCAUCGGACGCAUUUCGGCAAAAAUGCUCCAUUUGCCUCUUCCUCUCAACCGCCAGAUCGCAGAAUGAGCAAAAAGACCUCUUCUCGGUGCCCAACCAGAACUACAUUAUCUUACUCGGAGCCAGGACAUGUGCCUGGCGUUAUGAUCAGCCAUCAUUCCUUCAUUUCCCCAUUAACAUCAUCAACAGCCUCAAUAUUAGUAUCCGCAAAAGUAUCAUCAGCAUUGUCAUCCUGACCACAUCAGUGCCCGCAUUACGUCUUCAUCCAUCUCCCCACGUCAUUAUCCUCUUAGCAUCACCUGUUUCUGGUUCUUCUUGUAUCAUCAUCUUCACAAGCAACAAGGCGACAUACGUAUCCGCAUCAGUGUCAAAAUUAGCAUCAGUUUCAGUGUCAUUACCGUCUCUACAGUACAAUCACCAGCAUCUCAUAGUCUUAACCUCAUAUUACUUUUCUUUUUACAUCAGCAAAAUGUCAACAGUAGCAAAAUUAUCGUUAUCAUUAGUAUUUAAAUUGUUAUUGUGA